CCUCCCCGCUCGCUCCGUGCCUCCCUUUCCCCUCGUCGGCUCCCCGGGCGGCGGAGCGGCAGCCCCCAUGUCGGGCCCGCGGGGCGCCCUGCAAGCCUGGUGCCGGCGGCAGUGCGAGGGUUACCGCGGCGUGGAGAUCCGCGACCUCAGCUCCUCGUUCCGCGACGGCCUGGCCUUCUGCGCCAUCCUGCACCGGCACCGGCCCGACCUGCUAGACUUUGAUUCUCUCUCCAAGGAAAAUGUCUACGAAAAUAACCGCUUGGCCUUCGAGUUGGCAGAGCGGGAGCUGGGCAUCCCAGCCCUGCUAGAUCCCAAUGACAUGGUCUCCAUGAAAGUCCCCGACUGCCUCAGCAUCAUGACUUACGUGUCUCAGUAUUACAACCAUUUCAACAACCCCAGCCAAGCCAGAGUCCCUCCGCCUAUGAAGCGCCCGGCCGCGGCCGCCUCGCCGCCUCUGCUGUCCCACAAGAAGCCCGUGGCUGCGGCCGAGAGCUCCUCCACGCCGCAGAACGAUGUCCCCUUGGAGCCGGCGGAGCCGUCGCAGCGCACCACGCUCAGCAGUACCUGCGCCGCCUGCCAGCAGCACGUCCACCUGGUGCAGCGCUACCUGGCCGAGGGCAAGCUCUACCACCGCCAGUGCUUCAGGUGCAAGGAGUGCUCCAGCACCCUGCUCCCAGGGUCAUACAAGCCCGGCGCAGAGGCGGGGACGUUUGUCUGCACACACCAUCGUGGUAAAUUGGCCGUGAGCGGCAAGAUGGACAGGAGGGCCAGCCCCGACCGGCAGUCGCCGGAGCUAAGAACUGAAAUUGCUGCCGGCAGCGUGGGUGAGGAUGGGCUCCCUGCGGGAGCAGAGGUGGGGAAGGACAACAGCACUGCCGUGGAGAACGUGGCGGAGACCCAGACGCCUGCAGAGGGGACGGCCAGCCCGGAGGAGAAGGACAGCGCACCCAGCAAAGCAGAGACAGCGACGCCCCACGCGGGAAGCGGGGCACCCACCUCCCAAAUACCCCCCAGGCCUCCCCUUCCCAGCAAGCCCUCAGCGCCCAGCCAGGACAAAGCCAGCCCUCUGGACGGACGCCUCAGAGACCCUCGGCCCACCCCGGCCCCGAGGAGGUCGACGGAUGCCUCAGCCCUCUCCCCUCCAGCCUCCCACCCCGUGCCCCGGCCCCGCUCCACCAUCCAGGGCGAGGCAAGCGACUGCGCGCCCGGCAUGGUGAACGGUAGGGGACCUGAACCCAGUCUCCCUGUCCCAAAACCCCGAGGGAGACCCUGCUCCUCUGAUCGUGCUGGAGCUGCUGCAAGAGCCAAGGACCCGCCGUGGAUGGCCUUAGUGCAGGCAGAGCCCAAGAAGAAGCCAGCUCCUCCUCCUCCUCCCCCGGGGAGCGGCCACGAGACCCCAAGCAGGACUGCGGAGGAGGAGGAUGGGGAGGAGGUGGGCAAAGCCAAGAGCGAGGAGAGCAAGCCUGAUGCCGCAGAGCCCAAACCGUACAACCCCUUUGAGGAGGAGGAGGAGGAAGAGGAGGUUGCUGCUGCCCAAAAGAGCACGCCUGAGCAGGAGCAGGGGGAGGCUGCUGCCAAGUCCCUCCACCCCUGGUACGGGAUCACUCCCACCAGCAGCCCCAAGGCAAAGAAGCGGCCAGCCCCGCGAGCCCCCAGUGCUUCCCCGCUAGCCCACCACCCCAUCUCCAGGCUGUCGCACUCCGAGCCAUCCUCCUCCACUCCGUCUCCGGCCCUCAGCCUCGAGAGCAUCAAUUCCGAGAGUUCGGCCAAGGUGCUGGGCGACACCGACGAGGCCCCGGUGCCUAAGAGCUCCUCCGAGCCCACUGUCCACACGCCAACGGCCACCAAGACCUCCAGCGCUGACGCGCCGCUGGCCAGCGUCUCCUCCAGCGAGAGCCCUGCCGCCCCAGCCAGCCUCUCCACCACCUCCUCCUUCUCCUCCUCCAGCGAACUGGCCAGCUUCAGCGCGGAGGCGCAGCCCAGCGCCCCGCACGCCAGCAGGAGCGUCUCUGCUGGCAGCUUAAAGACCAGCCCCAGCCGGCUGCCCCCCAGGCCUCCUGCUGGGGCUAGCCCUACGCCCAUCCUCUUGGCUUCCGAUGGGGGUGCCGGGAGCCCGAAGCCGCCCUCUUCACCCAAACCCCAGCUGAAGUCCUCCUGCAAAGAGAACCCCUUCAACCGAAAGCCAUCGCCUGCUGCCUCGCCCUCCGCAAAGAAACCUCCCAAAGGCUCCAAGCCAGUGCGUCCUCCUGCGCCGGGCCACGGCUUCCCGCUGAUCAAACGCAAGGUGCAGACAGAUCAGUACAUCCCCGAGGAAGACAUCUACGGAGAGAUGGAUGCCAUCGAGCACCAGCUGGACCAGCUGGAGCACCGCGGGGUGGCCUUGGAGGAGAAGCUUCGCAGCGCUGAGAAUGACAGCCCCGAGGACAGCCUGCUGGUGGACUGGUUCAAACUCAUCCACGAGAAGCACAUGCUGGUGCGCCACGAGUCAGAGCUCAUCUACAUCUUCAAGCAGCAGAACCUGGAGCAGCGGCAGGCGGACGUGGAGUACGAGCUGCGCUGCCUCCUCAACAAGCCAGAGAAGGACUGGACUGAGGAGGACCGGGUGAGGGAGCAGGUGCUGAUGCAGGAGCUGGUGACCAUCAUCGAGCAGAGGAACGCCAUCGUCAACUGCCUGGACGAGGACCGGCAGAGGGAAGAGGAGGAGGAUAAAAUGCUGGAAGCCAUGAUUAAAAGGAAAGAGUUCCACAAGGAGACGGAGGCCGAGAGCAAGAAGAAAGGCAAAUUCAAGCCCAUGAAGGUGCUCAAGCUGCUGGGCAACAAACACGACUCCAAGAGCAAGUCACCCAAGGAGAAAAGCUAGAGCAGGGGCCGCCAGCAGUGGGAGGGACGUGCUGCCUGACUGCCCUGGCCUCCCGCAGCCAGGGUG